CAGACAUUAACACAGACAGAUCAAGAAAGAAGAGAAAUCUGCUUGAAACACUUUGAAACUUCUUCAAAAAGAUUAAACAUGAUGUAUACAACAAGUGUACUUGUCUUGCUUGUGGCCUGCACAGUUGUAGCACCCGAUCCCUUGAAUCCUCCAAAAUGCUGUGCAAAAGAGCUUUUUCAGGCUGACAUUCAAUUGACUCAAGGUGUAAUGAUUGAUGGGCAAGGCAUGGCCCAUUUUUUAGAUGGCCGCUGGUCGUUUGAUCCCCGCAAUAAAACUAACGCAUUUGUAGGGAAAAUGACUAUGUAUGGGCAGGAGAAACAAGUGAAGUUCAUCCAAACUGCGGCAAAAAAGCAAUACAAUAUAUUAGAUGGAGCUUGUCAGGUUAUACCAAAACUCUACCCUACUGUAGGUGAUGGGUGCAUCCCGGAUAAUGCAAUUUUUAAGGGACAGGAAAUUCUGGGGAGAGAUUUCGUGGUAUGGACUGCACAUUUGUUGGGUGACAGAUACAACCUCGUUUUUGAGGUGACUGUAACGCCUGAUUGUGUCCCUGUAACGAUGACAAUUACUGGUGAAAUAAAUAAUCCUGUAUUGGGCAAAAUGGGUCUUGCAACAACGAUGCGAUUUUCCAGCUUUCAAGAAGGGGUUGAAGAUUUGAGUGUAUUUGAUAUUCCUGACUUUUGUCCAAAAGAACUUUGAAGUAC